UGCAGCGUUUUCAUUCGCUGGACGGGGCUCACUCAGUUCACACCUAGAGAUGUAACAUAACACUUUGUAUUUCGACACCACUGCUGCUCUCGUAUUGCCAAUGAUACAAUAGAGAAUACGAGUGUAAUCGCUUCGUAAUCUGAAAACAGACGCUAAAUCCCUCUAUUUAAAUUGCUUUAAAACUAUUAAUAGCCUCGCUUUCAGAUGAGAGCAUCAUAGCCGACAAACAUCGUAAUAUUCCUGGAUUAGAACGAAGUGAAUCCCAAGGAGGACGGUAUUCGGUCCGUCCACCUAUGGUCUGGCAGGUCUUUGCCUAGGCUACGGAUAAAAUGUGGGAUGAAGUUGAUCGGUCUGCGCCGGUUAAGUAUGGCGCUGUCAUAGCGGUGACAGUGAUCUGCAUUGUUCUGUUGAGAAAAUGGAUUGCUGGGGGUGUGUGUCGAUCUUCAGUCCAAUUACGUGGCAAGACGGUGUUGGUCACCGGUGCCAACACCGGCAUUGGCAAGGAAACGUGCCGUGACAUGGCACGUAGAGGGGCGCGGGUGGUGAUGGGGUGCCGGGACCUGACACGGGCUGCGAGGGCGGCGGACGAGAUUCGUCAGGCCACGGGGAACAACAACAUCGUAGUGCGUCACCUGGACCUGGCCUCUAUGUACUCUGUCAGAGAGUUGGCCAAAGAGUUCAUUGCCAGUGAGGAUCGCCUAGAUAUACUCAUCAACAAUGCCGGUGUGAUGAUGUGCCCUAACUGGCUAACAGAGGACGGCUUCGAGACACAACUGGCUGUCAAUCACCUCGGACACUUCCUGCUGACCAAUCUCCUUCUGGGGAAGCUCAAGAGCUCCGCCCCUAGCCGUGUGGUCAAUGUGUCUAGCAUUGCACACAAAGGGGGUAAGAUCCAGUUUGAUGAUCUUUUCUUUGCCAAGAGGCCAUACAACUCUCUGGUCAGUUACAGACAGAGCAAGCUGGCCAACGUGCUAUUCUCCAGAGAGCUGGCCAGAAGGUUGAAAGGUACGGGGGUGACGUCCUACAGCCUGCAUCCCGGGGUGAUCAGGACAGAGCUGACCCGCCACGUGGAGACCUGGUUCCCCAUGCUGAGGGCCAUCCUGUCAGCCCCCUCCGUGCUCCUCAUGAAGACCUCCACCCAGGGCGCCCAGACCUCCAUCUACUGUGCUGUCACCCCAGGAUUGGAGCACAAGUCUGGCUGCUACUUCAGUGACUGUGUCGUGAUGGAGACCGCCCCAGAGGGGAGGGAUGAUGCGGUGGCCAAGAGGCUUUGGAAGGAGAGUGCCCGUCUGGUGGGUUACAUAGAGAAAGACUGAACAACCCCCUCCAUCUGAAAACCAUAGAGAAAGACUGAACAACCCCCUCCACCUUCAAACCAUAGAGAAAGACUGAACAACCCCCUCCACCUUCAAACCAUA